AGACCACUUCAGGAAAGAGAUCGAAGAAGCACAGAAAUAGAUAGAAAUGGCUGUCACAAUAACCCCAGAAGACGCACCAGCGCAACCCACUGGCAUCAAUGUGAUCGUCGUAGGCGCAGGAUUUGGAGGCCUCACAGCGGCGAUAGAAUGUCAUCGACAAGGUCACACAGUCUCCAUCUACGAAUCUUUCCCUGAGCUCAAAGUCCUCGGCGACAUAAUCUCGUUUGGUCCCAAUGCAGGCAGAAUUUUCUACCGCUGGUCUCACGGCAAGAUUGCUGCUAAGAUGCGCGCUCUGUCUAUUGACCUUUCAAGCUAUGGUUUCAAAAUCCAUAAGUACGAUACUGGAGAAGUGGUCGCGCAUCAGAAGACACCACCAGGAGAUCCUACAGCGCCGAUGUUCAAUGGCCACAGAGGAGAGCUGCACAAGGUUGUCUUCGAAUAUGCGAGAGAUGAACUGGGAAUCCCAAUCCAUUUAGGACAGAAAGUAACGAAAUACUUCGAGGACGAGAAGGAGGCUAGUAUUGAGUUGGAGGAUGGGACUAAGGUUACUGGGGAUAUCGUCGUUGGAUCAGAUGGCGUAAGAUCGAGAGCUCGAACAUUAGUUCUCGGUUACGAAGACAAGCCCAAGAGCAGUGGCUAUGCGGUUUGGCGAGCAUGGUUUUCAAACAAAGAUAUGAUCGCAGACCCACGCACUGCCGAGUUCUGCAACAAUGGGGACACCUUCAAUGGUUGGAUUGGCCCAGAUGUCCACUUCCUCUUCAGCACAAUCAAGAACGGUUCAGACUGCUGUUGGGUUCUCACCCACCGAGACGAGCACGACAUCGACGAAUCCUGGUCCUUCCCUGGAAAGCUUGAAGACGUAUUCAAAGUCCUCGAAGGCUGGGACCCCAUGUGCAAAGCGAUUAUUGAGAAAACACCGUCAAUCGUGGAUUGGAAACUCGUGUAUCGAGAUCCGCUGCCGACUUGGACUUCCAAAAAUGGGAGAAUUUGUUUGCUGGGUGAUGCUGCCCAUCCAUUCCUGCCAACCAGUGCUCAGGGAGCUACCCAAGCUCUGGAAGACGGUGUCACUUUGGCUGUGACGUUGAAGCGAGCUGGCAAAGAGAACGUGCCUGCGGGAGUGAGAGCAUAUCAGGAAAUUAGAUACGACAGAGUAAGAGCUGUGCAAAAGACUGGAGAGACAACAAGAGAUAUGUGGCAUAAGGCAGAUUGGGAUAAGGUGAAGAAAGAUCCCAAGAGCAUAGAGUUGCCGAGAGAGGACUGGAUUUUCCAGCAUGAUGCUCAGAAGCAUGCAGAGCAGGUUUAUGAUGACGUGGUGAAGAAGUUUACGUAG